UACGUUUGAUUUCAUCAAAGCGUCUGAAUCGGAUUUCCCCUACAUUUUCUGCUUCCUUCCCUCUUUAUCUGCCUUGUACAAUUCUUUUCUUUGACCCUUUACACACUCUCUUGGCCAUUUCUAGGGUUCUUUUCUUCUUCUCCUUCACCGUAAAACUCUUAUCCAUCUCACACACACCACUGUGCUGCUAACCAUGGCAAAUUUCACCUCUUCUUCUUCGUCUCUGACACACAUUCCACCCAUUUCAGCUCCUUCUUCUGUAGCUUUCGACGAUUCUUCUGAAGACUCCUGCAGUAUAUGCCUAGAGCCCUUCACCUUUUAUAACCCAUCUGAUGUUACCUGUUGCAAACAUGAAUACCAUCUGCCGUGUAUUAUUGAAUGGUCAAAAAGAAGCAAAGAGUGCCCAAUAUGUUGGCAAUCACUUGCUCUGAAAGACCCUGACUGCCAAGAGCUUCUAGCUGCUGUGGAAGCUCAGAAACGUAUGAUAUUAAGAAACUUGGCUAAUUCUCGUGCCCCCCUUGGACAGCUUAAUGAUGGCCAUGAUUUUUGCUCAGAUGACCCUGAUUAUGACCAGAUUAUGAGGCGCCUAGAUUCUGCCGUAAAAAGAGUUCGUUAUGUUCCGGGACAGGAAAGGAAGAGAUCACCUGGUGCUGGUACAUCCAAGGUUCUUGGUAACUCUUCCAUGCAUGUUUCUGGGCUGCAAACAACACUUACAACUUCACCAUCUGGGGGUAGUUCACCAGCUUCUGGUGUUCCAUCUACUGUUAGCAUUCAACCUCCAGCAUUAAAUACUAAUCCUGAUAGUGCAAGGAGACCAAACACUUCUGAUAUGUUUUCCUUCCCCAAGUCCUUCAAAUCCAAAUUUUCUUCUGCUUCAGCCAGAUAUAAGGAAUCAAUUUCAAAAGGUACACGCGACCUUAAAGAAAAGUUACUUGCUCAUAAUGUCUCAGUAAAAGAGCUGAGUAAAGGUGUUCAGCGCGAGAUGAAUGCAGGCAUUGCUGGAGUUGUGCGGAUGAUUGAACGCCUUGAUCUUAGCUCAAAACGGUCAAGUUCUCCUCUCAUUGCUGUCCAUAGCGGGGCCACUUCAGACUUCCCUUCUUCAAGGAAGCCUGUUGAAGAGAAUGGCAUUGGGGGUUCUCCUAGUAAAGAGAGUGGAGGUGCAGUUCAUGAUGUUAGUUCAGAUGUUCUCCCACUUGUUACUAACAUGCAAUCUUUUCAAACGGAAACUCCUCCAUUUGUUCAGAGUGGACAUGGUAAGCUAUGAAGACUUGGCUCGGGGUAAUCAUCAACUUUACUAUGCUGUCUCAAUUUUUCCAAGAAGAUUGCAAGAGACGCCUAUGAUAACCAAUGUGCUCGUUGGUAUGCGUCCUGCAUUGUUAUCAAUUAAGCUUAGGAAUUAAAAUUAUUUAUGAUCAGCUGAUAAGAGCCAGCGGUUUUUUACGUUGGACGACUAUUUAAUGCAUCUCCGAUAUAGUUUCAUGGUUUCUUAUCCAUGUUUACACCUUUUACAUGACAGUACUUGAUUCGCAUUAAUCAAAUAAGCUAGAGCAUCUUCCGAUUUUUCUAA